AAUCGCAUCCACGUAGCAGCACUGGCGUAUUACUAGCAGCAACACUAGCGCAACCAAACUGCAGCCAAUUCAACUUAAAUGAUAACAGAGUUGAACAGCGAAUUAUAUAUGUGCAAGCAUACUAAAAAUUUAACAUUAUUUUUAUUAUUUUAUUUAUUAACAUUAUUAUUACGUAUGGGAUUAGGAAACGAGUUAAGAAACAACGCAAUAUUGUUGGCUUAUAUAGAUUUAUCAAUAUAUUCUUUGGAUUACUAUAGAUAUGAAGGAAACACGGUGUAUAAAAUACAGUUCAUUAUUAGUAUACAUACAUGUACAUAUGUAAAUGUAAAUGUGUGCUAUGUACUAUGCACACUGUUUACAAUUUAGAGCAUUGAUCAUUUUCAAAUCUCGGGUACAAUUUUCUAUGACAUUAACAUUUACAAUACAAUACUGAUUUUAAUAUUAUCAGAGAGGGAAUCAUUCAUUAAAUAAGAUGAUUAUUAAAAUAUAAAUUUAAAGUAGAAAUCUUUGAUAAUAAUUUAAUUGAACUGCAAAUAUAAAUUUUCUUUUAUGGCUAUUCUUAUAAAUUAGAAAACGAUAAAACUCCCGAAUUCUCAAAUGGUCUCAAUUAUAAAUCACCUAUGUAAUUACGCAGGCACGAGUAUAUAGAUACAUACAUAUAUGUAUAUAUGUAUUAAAGAAUUUAAACGAGUUUUCAUUUUAAUUAGUUCUUUUAAAUAUCAUGCGAAAUAAAAUAUUAUCAAAUCGUGAAUUGAGUUUAUCGUUAAAAAUAAGUUCGGUUUAACAUUUUCAUGUCGAUAUUCCUCACAAAGGUCAUAUAGAGACAACAAAUGUGCGUGUACGUAAUAUCCGGUAAUCAUCAACUCGUAACUAUGGACACCGAAAACUAAUUAAUCUGAUUAUGUACAUACGUGUAGGUAUUUCACGUAGGCUUACGAACGAUCGCAUGUAGUGUACGGGUCCAAUUUGAUGUGCCACAUUUUAUGCAAGUGUACAAUUGAUUGAAAGAAGGGAGAAUAUAUAUAUAUAUAUAUAUAUAUAUAUAUAUACAUGUAUACGCAUAUACAUAUUAUUCUAAAUUCAGGUUGACCAAAUGGAUGGAUGUUUAACGGUUCUCACAAAAGUAGUAUGUAGUCGAAAAGCAACCAGAGUGUAUGUGUGUGUGUGUGUGUGUGUAUGUGUAGGAAAGAACGAUAACGCAUACAGCAUUUCUAGACAAUUUGUUUAUAAAAUUAUUGACUUUAAUAACUCAUUCUAUAUGAAAUUUUUUUCUACUUGUUCGGUAAUGAAUAAAUUAUACAUGUAUGUAGCAUUCGAAUGUCGAAGUUGGGAAAACAACUGAACAAGAUUUCUAUUCACGAAAAAAGAUAUUAUUCGAAAAAGUUGAGUUAUUCUGUUGCUUGAUCAAAGCUAAUUCGAAGCAGCAUUUCGUAAAGGAAACAGCCUGUGGCACUGAAUUAUAUGAUUUUACAAGAAACAUUGACAAAGCUAAACUUGAAAUGACACAGUGGGAAAUUUUACUACAAAAUGAGAAAUCAGACUCGAACCAAUUUUUGCGAAGUAUUGAAUUAAAUUGGGAAAGAACAAAACUCGCAAGGAAGAAUAUUCAAGAGAGUUUGAAACAAAAGUUAAAAAUGCAAACAGCCAAAUUCUCGUCGAAGUUGUCCGCAACAAAUUUAAGGAACGAAGUACGAAAAAGAUCUGUGGAAGUAGAAGUUGAGUGGUUCGAUCUUCGUUUGAAAUCUCUUGACGGAAUAUGUUAUUUGAGAAUGAACGAUUUAUGCAAUGAACGUUAUAAAGCGAGAAGACGAUGUUUGGAUCAAUUUGAAAAAUACGACAGAAAUAUCAGAUCGCUUUAUGUGUAUAAACUUAGUCUUCGAAUCAGACAGAAUCUAUUGAACAAAGAAUAUGCCAUUCUUCAGGCGAAAAACUCUACACUCUAAACUCUUGAGAAAUUAAAGAUAGCACACCUGGGCUAUCUUUUUGGCGAGGAGUGUAUUUGCAAUGGAAAUGCAUAAAUAUAUGAAAAAAAUUGGGAGAAAGUAGAAAGAACAAAUAGAAAAAUCAUAGGUUCAUUCUAAAAUUGAACAAGGAAGGAGGAGGAAAAGUGUGGAAAUAUGAUAGAUAAACAUGAAAUUGAAUAGAGCGAAGAAGUGUGAGAAAGGGGAUAAUAAACCGCACAACUAGAAAGCAAGUACGUAGUUAAUAGUCGCGUGGAGGUCGACGCAUGCUCCUGAACGUUUCCCCGGGGUGAUAUUCAGUCAGGCAAACUGAGCCAGUAGCCGAGGCUGACACUGCUGGCAGACGUUCGAUCGUUACGCGGCGAAUCAGUGUUGGUCGGUGGUCGGGCGUACCGCGAAGCACAAUUUGGACAUGCGUAUCGGUCGUUAUCGUUCGUGCUCACGUAUGAUCUCUUCUUUCGCAGAUAUAUAUAUAUAUAUAUCUUGUAACAGUAACAGUAUACGGAAAUAUUAACAUUUUGCUUUUUCACGGGAAGGAAGA